UAUUGGUUGUGACAGCAAUGGGUUAGACAAUUAUGUUAAGAUUAUAUGAUCCCAUUUCCAAAACUGUCUAUGAGCAAGAAGAGCCAAGGGACCCAUCCACCUUACAAAGUCUCUGCAGAAAGGUCAUCAUACAGACUCUAACACUUAAACGGAUACACCAGAUUCAUCACCUCCCACUACCUAGCUCAAUACAGCUUAGCAUUGGCACCCUGAGUAAGAAGGACUUCAUCAUUGAUGUAGAACGUAUAAGCCCAGAGGACCAUGUCCAUCAGUGUUACCCAGCAACCUGUUGUCUCAAUAAUGAGGAUGUCAUCUUAAGAGUCAUGCCAAAAUUUACUGAAUUCACUUUCCCUGAUCUGAUAGGAUUAUUUGAAGAAGGUGAUUUCUUUUGUUGUAUCCUACUGCCUUCCGAAUCAUUAGCAGAGAAAAUAGAUAAAGCCAAAGAAUCUGGAACCACAUUAGAUCACAGAACCAUAUGGCAUACCCUAAAGUGUAUAAUAGAUACUCUCAAUUAUUGCCAUAUCACCCCUAUCAGCAAAAUAUCAUCUCAUAACAUUAGAUACCACAAAAAUGGUCAAAUUUCAAUAGACUUGCCACCUGAUGAUGAAACUGAAACUGUCACAGUCAUGGAGGCCCGAAUGAAUGCCCCUGUGUAUGAGGCACCUGAAGUACUAAGUCGCCAGACACCUGAUGAUAAAGCUCAUUCCUGGAACAUAGGCUGCCUGGUGUAUGAAAUGCUUGCUUUAGAACCAGCUUUCUAUGACAGAAGUGGGAUGAACCCAUUUUCAGCAUACAUGGACAUUAUGCAGGGAAAUAUACCACAAAUUCCUACAACUGCCAGUGAAUCAUUGACCAAUUUAGUAAAACAUUGUCUCUUCACUAACCCUGCUGACCGCUAUAGUCUUCAGGAUAUCAAGCAGGUUGUCCUUCAAUAUCUCUAAAAGCUUACAGAUUUUUUUAAAAUUGUAAUAACUGAUUUUAUUGUGCCAAUCCUAUUGCCCUUUUAGUAUCUAGUUUUUUGUUUGUUUUUUUUUUAGUUUUUUUUUUUUAAUCUUUUAUUUAUUUAUUUUACAUUGGAGAAAAAAAAGCACUUUUUAAUACUUUUUUUGGAUUUGAACAUUUUAGCCAUGUAUCAUUGAUUUAUCCAUAUGUAUAUUUAAUUCUUUUCAUUAAUUGGCAUCAAUUUAAGUGUAAUAAACAUUUUAACUACAUGCACCUGCAUGACAAUGAAAAGCAUCAUUCUGCAUUUUAAGUAAUGUACAUGUAUUUCAUUGUAAUGUAACUGUUUUGAAAUAAAUAUGCAAUAAAGAUAA